GAGUUAGCCUGUGUUUACCUUCUGUUAGUAAGUGUGAAGAUGGCCUCCCAAGUGUGUCAGAACUACCACAAGGACUGUGAGGAUGCUGUUAACAAGCAGAUCAACCUGGAGCUCUAUUCCACCUAUGUUUACCUCUCCAUGUCCUCUUACUUUGACCGGGAUGAUGUUGCCCUGCGUCACUUUGCUGAGUUCUUCAAGGAGCAGUCCCAUGAGGAACGGGAACACGCUGAGAAACUGAUGGCAUUCCAGAAUAAACGUGGAGGCCGAGUCCUCCUGCAGGAUGUCAAGAAGCCAGAGCAGGAUGAGUGGGGCAAUGGUCUGGAGGCAAUGCAGAGAGCUCUACAGAUGGAGAAGGAUGUGAACCAGAGUCUGCUGGAUCUGCACAAACUCUCCUCUGGCCACACGGACCCUCAUCUGUGUGACUUCCUGGAGAGGCACUACUUGGAUGAGCAAGUGAAGAUGAUCAAGAAGCUGGGAGAUCACAUCACCAACCUGAAGAGACUGGGAGCUCCUGAGAAUGGCCUGGGAGAGUACCUGUUUGACAGGCUCACCCUGAGCUGAGUGGGAUUCUGGAAUCGCUUCACAUUGCAGUUUUACCAUGUAUGGUACUAAAUUGUGAAUUCACAUUGAAUUGCAAAUAAAACCUAUCAGAUAAAUCA